AAACACAAACAAGUUUCAAAGUUGAGUCUACUGGACGGGGGAGUGACCGUGAGGGUUGCCACAGUGGUGCACCAUGUAUCAGCUGGGAGAAAAGGUUGCAGUUCCAGCAGAUGAAUAUGACUCUGUAAUUGAAGAGUUAACGGAAGAUAUUAUACAAAAUAAUCACAAAUGCUACUCUUCCAUCAUUGAUAAAUACAUUUGCCUUUCUCAUGGUCUUACACCACCUCCCACAGGCACUGAAGGUUCUCAAAGCAAACUAACACAGAGAAGAUCUCUUUUGAAAUUCCUUGUGGAACAUAAACCUGACUACAGUAUUUCAAGCAAAAGUUUUAAAACCAGUAAUAAUUUUGAAUGCUCCACAUCAACCAAUCCAGUUACAGAGAAAGACUUUGCAGAAGAAGUAGAAGAAACUCUGAACAGUCGCAAGAUACAGUUGGGUUUACCAGAAAACUAUCAGUUAGAGGAAGAAAUGGAUGUUGAUUAUGGAACUGAUUCUUUGCCAUCCGAUUGUCAGAUCACCCAAAACAGAAAUGACAGGAAAAUUCCUAAUUAUAAGAAAAAUGAAAAAGAAAAUGAUUUACAAGAGAAGAAAAAUAGGCACUUACAAGACACUUCCGAAUCAAGUAAGAAGUUAAUGAAGGUGAAAAGUACUGAAAAUGCACCUGGAAAGAAUGGACACUCACAAAGGAGGAAUUGUGGUAAAGCAGUAAGCCAACAAACUGAAAUACCGGUGAGAGACAUAAUUAAGAAACAUAUAAAUUGUAAGAACAAUUAUGUUUCUGACAGCACAAUGAGGAAACUAAGAGCCCAAAAGAAAUAUAACCAAAUAAAAAAUUUGGAUGACAUUGUACAACCUGAAAUUGAAAACAAAGACAAUUUGGCUGUUGAAAAAACAGGAUGCGGUAAUAAUGAUACGGCAACACCCUUAAAAAAACUAAUACAAGUUAGACCUAAUAACUUUAAAAUUGUUCUCUUGGAGUCUGCUGAUGCUGUUAUCAUACCCCACCUUGGACAUUAUGAGAAAAAGAAACUUGCAAAGAGCAUGAACAAUAUAUCAGAUAGAAAUAACCUCCCAUUGUUUUCUGUUACAUUUUGUAAAAAUACAAAAGAAAAAGUGCCACAUUCAUUGAGAAACUUCCCUGAUGCUGCUGCUAAACAACCUGUUACUAACAAAGCUUGUCAGGAAGAGUCAGAGAUGGAGUCAACUUUGAAAGAAAGGGGUAAUUCUUGCCAAGUUCGCAGGAGUAAAAGACUGAAAAUAAAACUGGAUGAGAAACAAAAAACUACUGAGGAUGAAAAUGUUCAUCAUGAACAUUUAUCUCCAGAGGUUAAAACCCAACAUAAACAAGUAACAGAAACUCAUAGCUCACCUGAAAAUAAGUUACUGGUAUUUAAGGAAGUGAUAGGUAAAAGGAGAGGAAGGCUGAAGGAAUAUUGUAAACAAGAUGAAGGGAGGUUGCAAGCUACGUCUAUGAAGGUGGUAUCAUCUGCAGAAGUGGUGGAAAAGGACAGCGUAAAUGCAAAAAUUAUGUUACCUUGCCCACCUCCUCCACCAAAAAAUGUUAACCUGCAGAGACAAACCAUUUUAUCACAUGAAAGUAAACCUCUAACUAUACGUAAAUGUACAGUCCAAAUCCAAGUUCUUAAUGAAUCUCAUAUAAAGCAGCAAAAUGACAGUAAAAAAGAAAACAGUACACAUAGUGAAGGGACAUUACCAACUUUGUCCACAAAGGCUGUCAGAGAGAUUCACAACGAAAGACAUGAAUUAACAAAAAAUGCUCCAUCAGAAGAACAUCAAAAUGAUAAAAUAGUGGUGGUAAAUUUACCAAAAGAGUCCAAAACAGAAAUAUCCUCCUUAUCCUUAAGACAGGGAGCAUCCCAACCAAGAAAUAAGGGCAGGCUGGUAUUAAAUAGAAAAUUAUCUCACUCCAGAAGCUGUAUAGUCUUUCAAAUGCGUGAUGGAAAUAAAGAGAAAAGGAAGAGGUUUGAUAUUUUGGAAAAUAGUUUAGAUGAAAAAAAUGAAAUUCUUCCCGAAGAAGAAGCGGUGAAUAACACAAAAAGUCAAGUAGAAAUCAGUAUUCUAAAGCCUAGCAAGACAUCAAGUUGUAUUAAAAGAGUUAUAUGUCAGGAUUCACAUAACAUUCACAGUUUUCUUUCAAAUAAAGGUGAGAAAAGGAAAUUGGGAAGCAGGCAAGGGUGGCAUGAAAGUCAAGAAGAAAGUAUAAUUACUGGCAUAAAUGCUGUGAAGAAGAAGAGAUGUCAUUCACCUACACAUAUUGGUGCACAAAAGAUAUCUGAGAGGGGCCGUUUUCCAGACAUUUCAAGUAUUGUUGAAGACUCGACAUUGCCUGUAUCUCCUUCAUCUAAAGCACGAAAACAGAAAGUCUUAUCAGCACUUACAAGUGUUGAUUCAGGUAUUUCAAUAAGUCAAAAUGAAUAUAUCCGGGGUGCUUCAGAGACAUUUGAAGGAAAAUCCCAUAAAUACAGUGGCUAUCACGAAGUAAGUAGUAAUACCAAUAGAAACAUAAGUCCAUCUGCAACAGCACAAAUUGGUAGAAACACAUCAGAAAAAGGAAGUGAUUGCAUUAAAAAUGUGGAUAAAGAUUUACAUAAAAAUCUUUUGCCUCCUUCACAUUUAAAAAUGGAUUCUGAUUCAGAAGAAGAGCUUUCUCUCCUACCAGUGCAACACUCAUCAUUGUCAGUCGGACCCCACCAGAGCUCUCUCCGAACUGCCUUAAGGGUGUGGGCACCAAUUCAUGAUUCUAAGCUUCAGAGUUCACACAUGGAAAGAUCCAAGAAGAGUCUUCAGAACCAGGCUCACAAGAAUUCUCAGAGUUUCUGGGACAUAGACAGUGAUGAAGGAAUGGAGACCCAAGCCCAAAAUUCAACCUUAGAUCGCAAAACCCAGUCAAAUGAAGUGCAACACGCUGCAUCAUCCACCUCUCAAAGAUCCAAAGAAAGUUUAGCAGACACUAUAAGUUGUUCGCCCAAUUACACAAUUUUGGGCGGUGAGCGUUGGCUUGCUGCCGUCAAAGCAAUGAUACCACAUAAAAAGCCUGUUUUGCUGCUGGCCAAACAUUUUUCAUCAAGAAGAGAGGAUACCAAGAGAAAAUUUCACAAGAAGAAGAAUUGCUGAGAUAUCAAAUUAUCCAGGUAGUUACUUAGUCACAUAUUGUAUUGCAAAUAUGUAAAUAAAACAAAAUUUAAAUAAAAGUUACAGGUACAGACCCUCGGAACUGGAUCUCAGAAAACCGCUUAUUUUCUUACUUACUUUAGGUUAAAUUAUCCUCCUUUGCUAAGUCAAGUUUUGCCUCCACUCGCUCACAUAAACUUAGUUGAAGGUUUGUUUUACUUCUUAAAUUACAAAAUAAAGAAAACAUUGUUGUAUGAAUAUUUUAAAUAAAAAUUACAUUAAAUACA